AUGCCACCACCCCAACAUCACUUUGUAUCACAGCCGUUGCCACAACUGGUGACGAACUGGCUAUACAAUGUGAUCCAGCCGCUGUACAAACAUAAAGAGAUUGUCUACCAGCAUGUUUACCAGUUCCUACAAGCCCACUUGAAAAAAAAUCUCGAUUUUCGAAUUAGAACCAAAGUCUAUACUAGCGAGAAAACUGGAAGGCCUGACUUACUCAUUAACUUGUUUGGAACAAUAAUAGUUAAUGAUGUAAUUGGCGUCCCCAUUGAAAUAUGGGUGCCUUUCACAUACCCUUACGGAGAAGAAGAUGGUGCGCCAUUUGUUUACAUUGUUCCCGAGCAUUCAAAACUGUGGUUCUUGAGAGCAAACAACAAUGUGGAUUCACAAGGACGAUUCUACCAUCCUUAUUUAUCCAAUUGGCACAGCAGAGGAUAUAGCGGGGAUAACACCUCCAGUACACCAAGUUUACUAAAUUUGCUUGAUACAGUGAUAUACCCCAGUAUUUUGGAGGACCCUCCAAUUACAAACCUGCCCCCAACAACAUUUGCUUCACAAGAGAACUAUCAAACCUGUUCCUUGCCUCCAUUACCUCCAUUACCUCCAAAGCCACCAAAACUACCAAAACUACCAGAACUGACAAGACUGACAAGACUGAUAAAUCUGAUAAAUCUGACAAAAGUUAGUCAUCAAAAUGGUGGAUUUAAUCAAAGCUUUGGUGAUCCAAAUCUACUGCAGUUUGCCGCAUCUUCUUUAUCUGCUGGUUCUUCUCCCUCUCGUUUAACCUCGCCAUUGCCUGCAUUAUCUUCACCCUCAAUUAUCAGACAAUCAACAGGACCUCCGCUUCCAGCAAAACCUCCAAAAGUUAUUUCCCCUACAACUGCUUCUCCUCAAAUUAUGUCACCACAAUCCAGUGGGAUUAAUGGUGCUAAGCACCCCAUACCUUCGCGGUAUCUGGCGCCACUACCGCCUCCACAAUCACCCCCACUUAAUAUUAAUAAUAAUAAUAAUAAUAAUAAUAGUAAUAGUAAUAUUAAUAAUGAUACACACAUCAAACAGUACACAGACAUGGACACAACGCUACACCUGCAACAGCUGCAUUACCCGUUGAAGAGCUCAAAUAAUCGAAACGACUCGCGUGUCUCUGAAAUGAUGCAGCAUCUUUCAAUUGAGAACCAAAGAACUGGUUUACUGCUGAUGCGACAGAUUAACGCCUCAGAAAUUGACAUUAUAGAUGAUGUUGAGCAAUCGGCCAAAGUAAAUGAUGAAAGGAAGGCAAGUCUAGAUCGCCUUUCUACUUUAAUUAAUGACUGCUUCCAAAAUGAGCCAUUGCUCAAGGACAUUGCGUACGCAAAUGAAAACGUACGAAAAGCCAACGCGCUAGCUACACAACUACAUCAUCAUUACCUGCAGGCAAUAGAGAAUUCGAAAAACCUUGAUGGGCAUAUUGACUAUUUGUCUGCGCAACUGGCCAGCCUACAAAGUCUCAAUGCAGAAUUAACAGAACUUAACCAAAGAAAUAACACAUUGGAAACUAGUGUAUGCGUAAAGCCUGGUAUAGAAAUACCGUUGGACGACAUAAUCAUUCCUGACCUGGUCUUGGUCAAACAGCUAUAUGAUGUUGUGCUGGAAAUCAAAUCCAUAAAGGAUACCAUGAAUUUAAUGUCAGGUAAUUUCCAUGGAUGUGGCGAGAUCAUCAACGACAAAAAUAUGGAUGCUUGUGUGAAAAUCAUGAGGAAUUUGGGAAGAGACUUGUUUUGGUUGGAGUUGACCAAAAAUGAAAUAGCCAACAUCAUGAAAUUACAAAAGUAG